UGUCGUACGUCAUUGCGUCAUCACACGCUCAGUGUUUUUGCUUCGUCUCUUUCAAACCGCGGAGAGACUCUUUCUUUUCUACCUUCAGUUUUUCCUCUCGGUUUGGACUUUAGCGCUUCAUCGGAUGCUCGUGUGUUUGACGUUGUGCUUGUGGAGCGAGGGACGCGGAACGCGCCGAGAGCAGAGAGUUUUUGGAGGCGUUUUAUUGCGCAUGUUCAUGAACCGCCCGAAUGAACGCGGAUCAAUAAAACACUGAGAUCUGUUCAAAACACGCGCAUCAGCAUCAAAACAGCGAGGGACCUGAAAACAGAUGCUUUCUGUGACUGGAGUAACUGAUCAGACUGAUCGAUACUUCAUCAAUAUCUGAUCGAUAACAGAGGAGCCCGGAGGAGAUGCGCGCGCACUGAUACACACAUCUGAUCGAUAUCUGAUCGAUAACACAUGCUGCAGCGCGCCUGACGGACUGUCUGGAGGAUGCAAUGUUCACAUUAGGCAGGUGUGCUCUUCUUCCUCCUCCUCCUCCUCUGGCUGGAUGCUUUGAGCCGGUGUGUGAGAUCAGGUGGAUGUGAGACACACACACACACACACACACACACACACACACAUACACACACACAGUCAUGCAGGCUGCGCCCUUCCAGUAUGAUUUCUACAGUGAGGAGAACGCGCCCAAAUGGAGAGGACUGCUGGUGCCGUCACUCAACAAGGUGCUGAAUCAGGUGCACCCGAAGCUGUCGUCCCAGCAGGAGGCGCUGCAGUACAUCGAGGGCCUGAUCCUGGUGCUGCUCAACACGCUCUGUCAGGCACAGCCGCGCACCGUACAGGACGUGGAGGAGCGUGUGCAGAGGAGUUUCCCGCACCCGAUCGAGAAAUGGGCCAUCGCAGACGCUCAGGCUGCUAUAGAGAAGAGGAAGAGGAGGAACCCUUUAGCCCUGCCGGUGGAUAAGAUCCAUCCUCUUCUGAAGGAGGUACUGGGGUACAAAAUUGACCAUCAGGUGUCUGUGUACAUCGUGGCGGUGCUGGAGUACAUCUCUGCGGAUAUACUGAAGCUGGCGGGAAAUUACGUACGAAACAUUCGCCAUUAUGAGAUCUCGCAGCAGGACAUCACAGUGGCCAUGUGUGCUGAUAAGGUGCUGAUGGACAUGUUCCAUCAGGUUGAGGAGGACAUUAGUGUGUUUCCCCUGAUGGACGAAGAGCCGUCGGCGUCAGAGGAGCAGAUGUACUAUGACCUGGUGAAAGCGUUCAUGGCGGAGGUACGACAGUAUCUGCGAGAUCUCAACCUCAUCAUCAAGGUGUUCCGCGAGCCGUUCGCCUCCAACACCAUGCUGUUCUCCCCUCACGACGUGGAGAACAUCUUCAGUCGUAUCGUGGACAUCCACGAGGUGACGGUGAAGCUGCUGGGGUUAAUUGAAGAUACGGUGGAGAUGACGGAUGAGACUAGCCCUCAUCCGCUGGUCGGCAGCUGUUUUGAAGACCUUGCUGAGGAGCUGGCCUUUGACCCCUACGAAACGUACGCGCAGGACAUCCUGCGCACCGGCUUCCAAGACCACUUCCUGAGUCAGCUGUCCAAACCUGGAGCGGCCAUUUACCUCCAGUCUAUCUGUGAAGGGUUCAAAGAGGCGGUGCAGUAUGUUUUACCGCGGUUACUCCUGACGCCCGUCUACCACUGUCUUCAUUACUUUGAGAUUUUAAAGCAACUGGAGGAGAAGAGUGAGGAUGAGGAGGAUAAAGAGUGUUUGAAACAGGCCAUCACAGCCCUGCUGAACCUGCAGAGCAGCAUGGAGCGCAUCUGUUCCAAGAGUCUCGCCAAGAGACGCCUCAGCGAGUCGGCGUGCCGCUUCUACAGUCAGCAGAUGAAGGGCAAACAUCUAGCCAUCAAGAAGAUGAAUGAGAUCCAGAGGAACAUCGACGGCUGGGAGGGCAAAGACAUCGGCCAGUGCUGCAAUGAGUUCAUCAUGGAGGGAACGCUCACACGGGUGGGCGCCAAACAUGAGCGCCACAUCUUCCUGUUCGAUGGCCUUAUGAUCUGCUGCAAGUCCAACCAUGGCCAGCCGCGUCUGCCGGGAGCCAGUGCGGCCGAGUACCGUCUGAAGGAGAAGUUCUUCAUGAGGAAGGUCCAGAUCAACGACAAGGACGAUAAGGAGGGUGAGUACCGGCACGCUUUCGAGAUCAUCCUGAAGGACGGGAACAGCGUGGUGUUUUCCGCCAAAUCGGCGGAGGAGAAGAACGGCUGGAUGGCUGCUCUGAUCUCGCUGCAGUACCGCUCCACGCUGGAGCGCAUGCUGGACACGGCCAUGCUGCAGGAGGAGAAGGAGGAGCAGAUGAGACUUCCUGGAGCCGAGGUGUACCGCUUCGCCGAACCAGACUCCGAGGAGAACGUCGUGUUCGAAGAGAACGUCCAAUCCAAAUCCGGCAUUCCCAUCAUCAAAGCCGGAACGGUGCUGAAGCUCAUAGAGAGGUUGACCUUCCACAUGUACGCUGAUCCCAAUUUCGUCAGGACGUUUCUCACCACAUACCGAUCCUUCUGCAAACCUCAGGAGCUGCUGGAUCUGCUCAUGGAGAGGUUUGAAAUUCCAGAACCCAAACCCACGGAAGCGGAUCAGAUGGCCAUGGAGAACGGAGACCAGCCACUGAGUGCAGAACUCAAACGGUUCCGCAAAGAGUUUGUUCAACCCGUACAGCUCAGGGUGCUGAAUGUGUGCAGGCACUGGGUCGAGCACCACUUCUAUGAUUUUGAGAGGGACGCUCAGUUGCUACGGCGACUGGAGGAGUUUAUCAACAAGGUCAGAGGUAAAGCCAUGAGGAAGUGGGUGGAGUCCAUCACGAAGAUCAUCCAGAGGAAGAAGCAGGCGCAAGCGAACGGCCCCAGUCACAACAUCACAUUCGAGAGCUCGCCGCCGCCCAUCGAGUGGCACCUCUGUAAAGCGGGACAGACGGAUCAGUUUGACCUCAUGACCCUUCACCCCAUCGAGAUCGCCCGACAGCUCACGCUGCUGGAGUCCGACUUCUACAGGGCGGUUCAGCCGUCAGAGCUGGUGGGAAGCGUUUGGACUAAAGAAGACAAGGAAAUCAACUCGCCGAACCUGCUGCGAAUGAUCCGCCACACCACCAACCUCACGCUGUGGUUCGAGAAGUGCAUCGUGGAAGCGGAGAACGUGGAGGAGCGUGUGGCCGUCAUAUCGCGAAUCAUCGAGAUCCUGCAGGUGUUUCAGGAGCUCAAUAACUUCAAUGGCGUUCUGGAGGUGGUGAGCGCCAUGAACUCAUCGCCCGUCUACAGACUCGACCACACCUUUGAGCAAAUCCCAAGCAGACAGAGGAAGAUUCUGGAGGAAGCUCAUGAACUCAGUGAAGAUCAUUAUAAGAAAUAUCUGGCUAAACUCAGGUCCAUCAACCCUCCCUGUGUGCCCUUCUUUGGGAUUUAUUUAACGAAUAUUCUAAAAACUGAGGAAGGAAAUCCGGACUUCCUGAAGAGACACGGCAAAGAGCUGAUCAACUUCAGCAAACGCCGGAAAGUGGCGGAAAUCACCGGAGAAAUCCAGCAGUACCAGAACCAGCCGUACUGCUUACGUGUGGAGAGUGACAUACGGAAGUUCUUUGAGAACCUGAACCCGAUGGAGGACAUGACGGAGAAAGAGUUCGCCGACUAUCUGUUCAACAAAUCUCUGGAGAUUGAGCCGCGUAACUCUCGCACCCUGCCUCGAUUCGCGAAGAAGUACAGCUGUACUCUGAAGUCUCCCGGCGUUCGGCCGUCCACCGUCCGCCCGGGAACCAUGCGCCACCCGACGCCGCUGCAGAACGAGCCCCGUAAGAUCAGCUACAGCCGCAUCCCGGACAGCGAGACGGAGAGCAGCGCCGCUUCAGCACCCAACUCGCCCCGCACGCCCCUGACGCCUCCGCCCGCCUCCGCCGCGUCCAGCUCCACCGAGGUCUGCAGCGUGUUCGACUCGCCGCAGGCGCCGUCCAGCCCCUUCCACUCCAACAGCGACAGUAUUUUUGCUCCGGUCACUCUGCCGCACGGCCCACGAUCUUCUUCAGUGUCGUCUAUGAUGGGUUUCCUCCGGAACGACGACCCUCCUGUUCCUCCGCCCAUCCCUCCCCGCCGCCGCCCAGAAUCUGCUCCCGCCGAAUCAUCGCCCUCAAAGAUGAUGUCGAAGCACCUGGACAGUCCUCCGGCGAUCCCGCCGCGUCAGCCCACCACCAAGGUGUACUCGCCCCGCUACUCGCUCACGGAGCCGCCCGACAGCCCGCCCACCCUGCCGCCGCGGGAGCCCGUGCGAACGCCGGACGUCUUCUCCAGCUCCCCGCUGCACCUGCAGCCGCCUCCGCAGGGCCGGCGCUCCGAACUGAGCCAGACCUUCUUCCCACCGUCUCCCUUCAGCCCGCACCCUCCGCAGACGCCCUCGCCGCUGGGGCCGCGCAAACACCUGCCCUCCUCGCCGCUGGACCUGGAGCCGCCACAGGGAGCCGCCGGGCCGCCCGUCCCUCCGCGCCAGAGCACGUCCCAGUCGCCCAUCCCCAAACUCCCGCCCAAGACCUACAAAAGAGAGUCGGCUCACCCGUCCGUCCACCGUGACGGGCCGCCGCUCCUGGAGAACGCAAACCCCUCAUAGAGCGGAGAUGAUCGGAGGACUAGAUGAAAGCAACAUGUGCCCUUAACGUGCUCUUCUGAGACGACGAUUGUGGAAAUCACGCCGAGAUCAUUGCUCGGGAACUCUCUGUAUUGUUUUUUUGUCUUUUCGUGUAGCUGUUUUGUCAUCGUUUCAUGUUCGUUUCAUUUCAUUGCUUGGUUUGUUUUCAGCAGCAAUCGUCUGCGGCCAAACAAACAAACCUGCUGGAUGACAGACGACUAAACGGACCCAAUAAAGACCCGUUCACGCGAUUAUUUUCCGGUGCCUGUGUGUGGACGGAGAGUGUAAAGGCUUCGCUUUCAGCUCUGAAAAAAGGGACUGCGGACGCCGCUGAUGUUCUAGACUCGUUUGAGAGCCAGUAGACUGACGAGUACCGGGAGUUUAAGGUACCCUCGCACACCAAAGAGGUACUCGAGAAACCUUCAAGAAACACACGUGAUUGUCCUGUAUGUGUUAGAACUUUUAUUUUCUCAAUCAUUUCUGUUUUGCCAAUAAGUAUGUAAAGAAAAAAAAAGAUCGCCUUCUUAAAACAAGGGAAUAAAAGUGUUUCUACCACUGUA